AGAAUGAAUACUAUGGAAGAGAAAUUAUUUCCCAAACCCAAUGAACCCCACCAUUAAUUGAAAAAACAGCAUCGAAAUAUCUCAAGUUAACAGAAACAAGCAAGACAGAACCCUGCGUCAAUCACCCAAAGCUCGAGCGAUACAAGAAUUUGAACGCAGUGUGGAAAUAAGGCUAAGAACUGAAUACAUAAACCCUAGCUACCCUCCAUGUACAUCAUUAAUCUUGCUCAGGUGAAGUGGGAAUCUGAGAUUUGGGAAGAACUUGAAACAUGGAACUAAGUUCAUAAGUGCCUAAGUUCCUUGGACUUCCAGAAGUUCAAGAUGCAAAGCGGAAAAAACAAAUAGACACAGAAAAGUGAGAAGUGGGAAGGCUUAGGAACUUGAAACCAUGUUCCAAUUUCUGAAUUUUCCAUUAGACUACAAAGAUAAAGAGUUUUUUAAAGGAACUGGGGUUUUGGUUCAAGGGUUAUGAAAACUUCACCAGAGAGAGUUCAUUAACCUUAUGAACUGAUAUGAAAUUGUUACGAAGUGUAACGAUUCGUUUGCCUUGUUUUCUAUACUGUAACAUGUAGAUGUGUAAUGUGCAAGAUUGGAUUGCCGCAGCAGGCAUUGCGAAAGCCUCUCACUUGGGUUUGCUUAAAUAUGUAUGUCCCUGUAUUACAGUCUGCAGCCACCAGGAGAGAAGUUGCAAAGGGUAAAUGCAUACAUGCCCACAUAAUCAAAAUGGGAUAUGAGCCAAACAUUUUUGUGGACAAUAAUCUGGCCAACAUGUAUUCAAAGUGUGGAUUCUUAAAAGAUGCGCGCCAAGUGUUCGACAGAAUGUCUAAACGAAGUGUUGUCUCGUGGAAUGGAAUUAUAGCAGGAUAUAUUCGGUAUAGCCAAUAUGAUGAGGCAAUGGAGUUGUUUUACCAAAUGCUACAGCGAGGCCUGCAGCCAAGUGAAUUCACGUUUGGUAGCUUGCUUAAAGGGGUUGCCGCUGCUGCGUUAAAAGAAGGAGGUAAACAUCUUCAUGCCCUUGUUGUGACAUUUGGAUUUGAAUUUGAUUUGUUUGUGCAAGGUGCUCUUAUUGAUAUGUAUGCUAAAUGUAAGAGCGUGGAAUAUGCACGUCAAGUGUUUGACAAAAUGCCUGAAAGAGAUAUUGUCUCGUGGAAUGCAAUGGUUGCCGGAAAUGUGCAAAAUGAGAGUAUAACAGAAGCCCUUAGACUCUUUUGUGAAAUGAAGCAGGCUUUUACGCUUCCAAACCAGUUCACAUUUGCGAUUAUUCUCAAAGCCUGCGCCGAUAGUCUAUUUCUAGAACUAGGAAAGGUAGUCCACGCCAAUGUGAUUACAUCACAACUUGAUCUGGAUGUGCCUUUAUGGAAUGCUCUUAUUGACAUGUAUGUAAAUUGUGGAAAGAUAGACGAUGCAUUUCGUGUGUUCAAUAGAAUGCCUGAACGAGACCUUGUGUCGUGGAAUGCAAUUUUAGCAGGGUAUGUUCAGAAUGGGUAUGAUAAAAAGGCGCUGGACCUUUUCAGACAAAUGCAAAUGGCAGAACUGAAGUUUGAUGAGUUCACCAUUGCUACUGUUUUCAGGAUAUGUGAUAACUUAGUUUGUAUAGAACAGGGUAUGCAGGUCCACGCCCUUGUCAUUAAAACUGGAUUUCAAGCUAAUCUCUAUGUGGGAACAACACUUAUUGAUAUGCUUGUAACCUGUAGAAGGAUGGAUUAUGCAAUCAAAGUAUUCAGUGAAAUUCCCAAACGAGAUUUGAUAUUAUGGGGUGUGCUUAUUGCCGCAUAUGCUCACCAGGGUGAUGGUGACAAAGCUCUGGAACUCUUUUAUCAAAUGCAACAGCUAGGCUUGAAGCCCGACGAGUUUAUAUUUUGCAGUGUUCUAAAGGCAUGUGCAAACCUUGCGAUAUUGGAACAAGGAAAGCAAAUCCAUGUGCACAUCCUGCAUUCUGGAUUUGAAUCUAAUGCCAUUGUGGGUAUCAGUCUUAUUGAUAUGUAUGCAAAAGUUGGGAAUAUAAAGGAUGCUUGUAUUGCAUUUAGGGAAAUGCCCAGAGAAGAUGUUACCUCAUGGAAUGCAAUGAUAAGUGGACUUACUCAGCAUGGGCAUGGUAGACAGGCUCUGGAACUCUUUAGAGAAAUGCAAGAUGCUGGGAUAAAGCCAGAUCAUGUUACUUUUGUUGGUAUUCUCAAUGCUUGCAGUCAUUUAGGCCUAGUGGAUGAAGGUUGUUACUACUUUGAUCAUAUGAACCAAGCCCACGGAAUCAUUCCUAGAGUAGAACACUAUGCAUGCAUGGUUGAUCUUCUUAGCCGGGCUGGGCUUCUGGAAGAGGCUGAGUGUUUUGUCAAGUUGAUGCCAUUCAAACCCAGUCCUGCAGUGUGGCGGACUCUGCUUGCUGCAUGCCGAAUUCAUGGCAACAUGGAGCUUGGAGAACGUGUUUCAGAAUCUCUGUUUGCGAUGGACAUAAAAGAUUCUGCAACUUAUGUGUUACUCUCAAAUCUCUAUGCUGCUGAAGGCAGGUGGAAUGAUGCAGCGAAGGUGAGGAAAAUGAUGAGUGAUAGGGAAGUGAGCAAAGAGGCAGGGGUUAGCUGGAUUGAGAUUAAGAGCAAGGUUCAUGUAUUUUGUGUUGGGCACUAAGAAAAUCUACAAGGAGAAGUGAUCAUUUCAAACUAUGGGAAGAUGAAGAUUAAGCCCGGGUAAGUUCCAUGGAACUACGUUUGGGAAUUGAUGAAGACAUAGGGUUUGCCUAAUCUGCACUGCAAUACGCGAAGACAAGCCAAGCUUAUUAAGAUUUUUUACGCGUUGUGGAGAGAAUUGUGGAUGAAUACUUUGAAAAAAGGAAGAAGUGCAGUAGUAUAGAGAUUGAGGACUUUGUGGAUUUGCUACUUUUUUUUGUCUGAAGAUGAAUCCAUGCAGAUCAAAAUUACACGAGACCACAUAAAGAAAGUUGUCUUUGUAUGUCCAAAACCCUAAUAUGACUUGUUAUCUGCAGCCACAGAUACUUCAGGAGCUAGACAGAAUGGGCAAUGGCAGAAUCGCUUAGAAAUCCAUCAGCAAUGAAGCUAGCUCAACAGAGCCUGAUUCUGUAAUUGGACUCAAUCUCAUGCUGGAAGAAUCUGAUCUUCCUCAUCUUUAAUACCUGCAAUCAAUAGCGAAAGAAACAUUAAGACUUCACCCACAGCUCCAUUGCUCCUUCCACAUCAGUCUAUGGAACAAUCUACAAUAGAGGGAUAUCAAAUACCGGAGAAAGCUCAAGUUCUUGUCAAUGCUUGGGCUAUUGCAACAGAUCCAAUUGUUUGGGAACAAUCCAAUGAUUUCAAGCCAAAAAGAUUUUUAGAAAGCCAAAUUGAUAAAAGGUCAAGAUUUUGAAUUCAUGCCAUUUGGUUCAGGCAGGGGAGCAUGCCGUGGGAUUAAUUUGGCUUUAUCCUUGAUGUAUUUUGGCCUUGCACAACUAUUACACUGCUUCAAUUGGAGUCUUCCUCAAGGAAUAAGUCUACAGAACUUGGAUAUGUCAGAAGUAUAUGGACUUAUCAUGCAUAAGGCAGUGCAUCUUCAUGCAAUUCCAAUUCCCCACCUUCCACUUGAAUUCUAUGAACCAAAAGCCUCAUCUGUGGAAAACGAGAAUUCACUAUAAAGUCUCUAAAGUAUGUAGUUGCUUGUUAAACAUGUAUUAAGCCAUCUGUAUCUGAAUGCAUGAGUCUUGUCCUAUAAUAUGCUCGUUGAUCUUAAAUUGUUAUGGUUUAAAAAUAUUGAGUUUUCACAGAACGUAAAAAAACACAGUAGUCACUGAAUCUGCCAUUUUAUACAAAUGAAUUAAAAGUUCUUUUUAUUUGUCGCUGUA